ACUCCCCAAUGGCGCCAGUCUGGUAGCUUCUGCUCCCGCUAUUUAUAUCCACGCGCGCUGCUCGCCUCACCUCAUCUCCACCAAUACACAGUCCACUUCACUCCACAGCAGCAGCAGCAGAGGAGGAGGAGAGAAGCGGAGAAGCAGCUGCCAUGGAGGCGCGGAAGACGGCGAGGGCUCUCCUUGCGAGCUUCGUGCUCGCGGCGUUGGCCGCGCAGGCCUUCGUCGGCGUGGUCGAGGCCCGGACCAGCCCCAUGGAGAAGGCCAGCCAAGGUGACGUGAAGAAGCCGGACUGCGUGCCGGGAGUGGACCCGCACACCUUCCCCGGGAUCCCCGGGCACGGCGGUGGCAUCACACCCGUGCCGUCCGGCGGCACGACGCCGUCCCACGGCAGCGGGUACGUGCCGACUCCGUCCCACGGCGGGGGCACCGGUGGGGCGCUGCCUUCCCCGUCCCACGGGGGCACAGGCGGGGCGCUGCCUUCCCCGUCCCACGGGGGCACCGGUGGGGAGCUGCCUUCCCCGUCCCACGGCGGCUCCGGGUCGUCGCCUUCAACUGGCGGAGGCUAUGGCGGCUCUCCGUCCACCCCGUCCCACGGUGGCUCCGGGUCGUCGCCAUCCACUGGUGGAGGGUACGGUAGCUCUCCGUCGACCCCGUCCCACGGCGGCGGCGGGUACGGAUCUUCCCCGUCCACCGGCGGCGGGUACGGCGGUUCCCCUUCGACGCCCAGCGGCGGCGCCUACGGUGGCGGUUCCCCCUCGCCAUCCCACGGAGGAGGCGCCUACGGGGGCAGCUCUUCCCCCACGCCGUCGUACGGUGGCUCCCCGUCGCACGGCGGCAUCGGGACCUCGUCGCCGACGCCGUUCCUCCCCGUCGACCCCCACAGCCUCGGCUCCCUCCCCGGCUCAUGCGACUACUGGCGGUCCCACCCGAUGGAGAUCUGGUCGGCGCUGGGCGGGCGGUUCCCGAGCUCGAUGGGCCACUUCUUCGGCGGCGCGGGUGGCCUCGGCGGCGCGGGCGGCCUCGGCGGCGCCGCCGACCUGAGCAUCCAGGACGCGCUGGCCAACACCCGGUCCGACGGCGCGGGCGCGCUGCUGCGCGAGGGCGCCGCCGCGCUGCUCAACUCCAUGACCCGCGCGGGCUUCCCCUACACCACGGAGCAGGUCCGCGACGCGUUCGGGGCCGCGGCGGCCGGCGGCUCCGACAGCGCCGCAGCGGCGCAGGCGGCGGCGUUCAAGAAGGCCAACGAGGGCAAGGCGUAGAGCUAGGCAGGGGGUGUCGCGACGUGCGUGUCGUUGGAAUGUGUUUAAGACGUGGUGAACUAGCUGGAAGUAUUUGUUGGGCGUUGUUGAGUUGAUGGUUACGUUGGUUGUGUCCGAGUCAUCGAGCACAAACUUAGUGGUGUACUCGUUCGUGUUAUUUUGCUGUGUUUUUCGUGUGGAUCUCGGUGGAUGAAUGAAGCAAAACUACUACUGUCCUAGUUGGGUUCCAAA